AGCCACACUGCAGAAGCAGAGGCAGAGCCAGGGAUAUAUAAUGGCUUGCACGACGCCAGAAUUCUGCUCUCCCAAACCACAUUCACGCCAUGUCGAACGUCCCAGAGCAGUUCAAGCCCGGCUACAAGGUCCCGUACCAGAGGCAGGAUGACACCCCCGGUCUCCAACAGAAACUCAGCCCCGCACCCAUUGACGACAUCACUCCCGAUGGGAAGCCGUACAAGGCAGCAGGAAAGCUAGAGGGUCGCACUGCGAUCAUCACUGGCUCCGAUAGUGGUAUCGGCAGGGCUGUUGCUAUUCUUUUCGCACUCGAGGGUGCCGACCUUACCCUUCAUGCUACUGAGAAGGAAAAGGAUGAGCUCAAGGACGUAGAGCGCUGCAUCCACGAAAAGACGGGUGGUAAGCGUAAAGUUGCGACCGUCAUCUCCGACCUUCGCGAAGAAGUGCUCUGCAGACAACUCGUGUCUCAGCACGCUGAAGCUCAUAAUGGGAAGCUGGACAUCCUUGUCCUAAAUCACGGAAACCAAAAUGCCGUGACAGAUAUCACGGAACUGCCUAGCGAGCAAUGGGUUCGCACUUUCGACACCAACAUCCAUUCAUUCUUCUACAUCGUCAAGGCUUCAAUUCCGUAUCUUGAAAAGAGCCCGUACCCGAGCAUCAAUUUUAACGGCUCCAUCAACAUGGCUGUCGGCCACCCGGAGCUUUUGGACUACACGGCUACCAAGGGCGCCAUCAUCGCCUUUAUGAGGGCCCUCAGCAACCAGAUUGUCGGAGAGAAGGGUAUCAGGUGCAAUGCCGUUGCCCCUGGGCCUAUUUGGACCCCGCUAAUCCCCGCUACAAUGACGGACGACAGCAUCAAGACCUUCGGUGCAAGUGUUCCUAUGAAGCGUGCCGGACAGCCUGUUGAAAUUGCCACUUGUUUCGUGUUCCUUGCCUCCGCGGACUCCGGCUACAUCAGCGGACAAGUCCUUCACGUCAAUGGUGGCGUUGUCAUCAACUAGAAAUGCUAACAUUAUCAGACAGAUCGCGCUGUAAAACACAAUAGCCUCUUGUAGAAUAUACACAUGCAUAAGCCGAGUGUAGAAUGACAAGAUGUCGCAUACUUGACUUAUACUUCCAGCACUACAUGUAACCGCUUUCGACCGAGUCCUUGCAUCGUUGCUCCAAAGUGGCAAUCCGGCCUUUGACACCGCUUCCGCUGUCUGAUGAGGUAGAACUAUCUGCCCCUCGUAAGAGUGGACGCAGCGGCGAACGUGGAGGGCGAACGAUAGCUGCUCUCAAGGGGUCCGGGUCACGGCUGGGGCUACGUGCACAUAACACAAGCAGAUGAGCAGGGAUAGGCGGCACUGGGGGAAUGGCUGUCGGAGCUGGCAGACCAGAAACGGAGGAGGGUGUAGGAAGGAUGCGCGAACCGGAGCUCGAGACCGGCUGGUUGUCUAGUUCGUGGACCGGAGAUAUCGCAGGCGGGCGAGGGAGUUGUCGAGAGCUGUGUUGCGAGCGUUGGGAAGGCUGUCGUUUGAUCCGGCGGUCACUCAUGGGCUCGGCCGACGAAUAAUCUGUCGAAUCGUCCGACGACUCCAACGCCGGGCGGCGGCAGUCUCGCACGCUCGAAUAACCCACACGAGGCGUGUGCUCCCCUUCGUCCGCAGAGGCCGACGAGAUCGGGAAGAACGCAGAUACUGCGGUGCGACCCGGUAAACCUGGUACGUAACUCGGUCGAGCGCGCUCUUGUAUCCGCGCCAGAGCCAUGGCGCGUUUCUUCUCCUGCACUCGCGACGCAAAGGAGGUCAUGCCUGCGCCGACGCCUUCCAUGCGCGGCGUCUUCCCGGGACUCGGGACGACAUCCUCGGGAUCGCUGUCGGUGGUUCGUGAUCCACCCUUCGGAGCUCUUCUCGAGUUUCGUGCUGGAUCUCCGUGGGAGGUGCGGGACCGUCUCCUGCCCACCUUUGCGGAAUGCAGAACAGCUUCGAUCUCGUCAUCAGAGCCGGCGUCGUGUUUGAGAUCCAAGUUCCCAAGCUUCUUCGGCGGUCUUGCCAGAAUGUCCAUAUCACUGAUGUCGCCCGCAGAACCUGCCGUGGAAUACACACUGCACUCGGACUUUUCACUGCGGAUUGGUGGAUGGGGCAGCUCAGAGCUCAGACGGUCCGGGUUCGUCACGCGUAGCGAUCCGGCGCGGCUAGUCGGAUAUGGUGGCAACGAUAUGUCAUCCUCAGGUUCUUCCUCUACCGGAGUGACAGAAAGCAAUUUGUUCGAUGCUUGGGCGGCGAUACUUGUGCUCGAGAGGGGCGGGCCUUCUGUCGUGUGGGAGCAGAAGGACUGAGAAGACUUGAUGUAUGCACCAGUAGCGGAGAGCAGACCUGCGCUGGGAGGCGGGUCGAUGGAGAUGAAAUUGAAAAUGCGGAUAGGCAAUGUGACGGAGACGUCUGGUGACAGCGAGCCUGCACUAAUCGUGACACGGACGGAGUACUCGACUUCUAAGAGGCGCGAUCGAGUAAUGGAUAGUGCGUCGGCCUUGUCAAGGUGCGUG